UCUCCCCUUCAGACUCGGAUCCCCGGAGGAGACCUAGAGAGACCCCCCCCUUCUCCAGAACAGCCCCUCCCGGCCAUGGAGCCUCCCGAGGAGCCGGUGAGUGGGGAAAAGCUGGAUCUGGCCGCCCCCGGGCCCCGCGUGGCCAAGGGAUCCCCCUCCAAGCCCAAGCCGGCCCCGGCCAGAGCCUCGCCCAGGACCCGGGCCAAGGCGCCGCCCGCUAAGAAUGCCCCGAAAGCCGCGAAGAAGGCCGCCCAAAUUCCCCCCAAGGCUUUAGACACAGUAGACGCUGCAGGGGAAAAGGAGCAAAAGCGCCCCCUUGUGGACGGAGCUGCCGCUUGCAGCGCUUCCCAGCCGUUGCAACCUGUAACGGAGGCAGGUGAGACGCCUAGCCCGUCUUGUCCACCAGAUGGAGCCAGAGAGGAACUUUCUCAGCCGCAGCUGCCGGUGAUGGAGCCCGCUGAGCCUUCGUCCCUUCCUCCUGCUUCAACUCCGCUCCCGCCAGAAAGUCCUUCGGAGGAGCCGGCUGCUAAGAGGGCAAAGCCUGCCACCCCGGAGGCUGCCGACCCUCCUGCAGCGGCCGGACUCUGUCCAAAGAAGGCCCAGGAGCCUGGCAUGCAAAACAAACAGCCGGCGGUCUCUGCAGCCUCCGACAGCGCCUUACGCCAGGGGCAGGCUACUGCACCCGAUGCACCAAUCCACCCUUCUACUGCCUCUUCCAUGGACAUCCUGAAAUCCCUCUCGGUUGUUGAUGGACCUGAAGACUUGCCACUCUCUGGGGACAUAGGAGAGACUCCAGACCCCCUUAGCUGCAGACGUCUCUUCAGCCCUCUCUUGUUUAAGAAGCUUCUCCAGAAAGCCGGGAUAGGAGCAGAUCCAGCCGCUUCUAAUCCGGCCUUAUCUGACCCCAAAUUUUUAUUGUUCGCAGAGCGACCCCAAAUUAGAGAGGAGAUCCCCUCCCCGAAAUUUUUCCUGGAUGUCUUCCAGCAAGAAUGGCAAAAACCAAACUGUUUUACAAACCCGGACGUAAAUCAUAAACGAUACUACAAUGUGGACAAGGACCUCACUGAUUCAUUAAAAAUCCCAACAGUUGAUGGGCCUGUGGCAGCUUUAGUCUCUUCCACCGUUCUCCCCACCUCAGUUGAGGAUCAUUUGACUACAGAAGAGAAGAGAAUGGAAAUGAUGCUCCGUAAAGUCAAUUCGUCGGCUGCCUGGGCGGUGAAGUCAGCAGUGGCUGCAUCCUUCUUCAAUAGAACGUCCUUGCUCUGGCUCAAAGAGAUGCAAGCCAGAAUCCCAGCCACCGACCUCCAGACUCAUGAGCACCUCAACAAACUGAUAGCGGCAGCACAAUUCUCUGCCGAUGCCACCCUGAGCUCAGCCACUUACGCUUCCAGGGCCAUCGGCAACUCCGUGACAGUCCGACGACUGUUGUGGCUCCGUUACUGGCAGACAGACAAUAGGUCCAAGUGGAGGUUGGCCUCUGCCCCCUUCAAAGGAGACAAGCUAUUCGGAGAGGCCUUAGAGCCUUUACUCAAGGAGACCCAUGACAAAAAGAAAGUCCUACCCUCUACGUUCAAAAGGGCUGGCCACAAAUCCUCGUCCAACGUUCAGAAGCCUUCCUUCAGAGGAGGGAACAACACACACAACUCCUCACAACUAAAGAGGUCAUACUUCCAGCGACCUAAUCGACAAUCUGAUAGGGCCGGAUAUAUAGACAGGAGCAGGCAGCAGUUCCAAUCCAAACAGCCAUUUCAAGACAACAGAAGUCGGCUCUCCCAUGACUCUUCCAGAGGUCUGCGUAGCCAACACUCCGAGAUCCAACCCUCCAGAGGACAAGCAGCAGCUGGGGAUUGUAGUCCCAAAAGAUUCAAAGAGAUGAAGAGCGAUUCUCGAGUUAAAAAGACUCAACAAGCAUCUGGUAUACAAGAGAUUAAAAAUCCAGUCCAUACUGGACAGCAUCCGAGUGGCCGACUUCCUGAGGUCAAUAGAUCUCACGGAAACAUAUCUACACGUCCCCCUAUUGCCGACUCACCAACAAUUUCUAUGGAUACGCCACGCAAAUCAGCAUUUCCAGUACAGGGCCCUCACAAAGAUACUAGCUACACUUUCGGCUCACCUCAGGACUAUCGCUAUUCCCGUCCAACGCUAUCUGGCCAACCUGUUGAUCGAAUCGUCUCACCUCCGGCCCACAGAGAACCUCCAUGUCACGAUCCUGAUCCUUCGGGGUCCUUCAGGGAAUCUGGGAUUCAGAGUCAACCACGACAAGAACCACUUGUCUCCUACCAAAAGGAUGCUCCAUCUAGCAGCACCUAUAGACGCGACAUCGUGCCUAGUCUCCCAGUCCCAGGACCGCCAGCUCAGCAUCAGCGUUCUGGCGAACCGCAUCCCAUCGGAUCGAACGGUGCCUCUCGACCUCGUCUCACAAUUGUUAGGCAAGAUGGUGUCCUGCGUCUCC